AUGGUGGUGCUUGGUUGGCUGAACGGAGACCCGUCAAGAUGGAAGCCUUUCGUAGCUAACCGAGUCAAGAGCAUCAGCGAAAUCAUACCGAAGAACAGCUGGGAUUACGUAAGCACGGGCGAUAACCCCGCUGACGCAGCAAGUCGUGGCCUCUCUGUCGAGCAAAUGAAAAAGCACGAUUUAUGGUGGAAUGGCCCUUCGUGGCUGGCGACAUUUCACAAGGAAGACAAGCAAGACGAGCAUAAAUACACAACUGAUCAAGAAUUGAAGAUAAAACAAUCAAAUGUGGUCCAAAAAUCGGAAAACAAUCAGAGCAUUAUAAAUGAUUUAUUAAACGAUCAUAGUAAGCUAAGCAAAGUAGUACAUAUUGUAGCAUGGAUACUACGUAUGCAUAAACAGCAAAACACGACGAGGCCGGCUUAUCUCACAUUACAUGAGCUGCGCCGUGCGAAAUUAGUUGUCAUCAAAAAUAUUCAAAGCGAGUACUUUGAGACAGAAAUAGAUCAGCUGAAGCAAAACAAACACUUAUCAAGCAAGAGUAAUUUACUAAAUUUGAAUCCUUUUUUGGACGGACAAGGCAUAUUGCGCGUGGGUGGAAGGUUAGCAAACGCAAACAUACAUGAUAAUAUGAAACAUCCAAUCAUUGUGCCACAUGACAGCAGAUUCACAACUCUCAUCAUUGAUGAAGCACAUCAACAUACCUUCCACGGUGGCCCCCGACUGACACUCGCCAACUUAAGACAACAAUACUGGGUAAUAGGCGGUAAUAGAGCAGUGAAAAAGCAAAUCAGAAAAUGCAUCACGUGCAGGAAGCAGAAUCCUGAGAUGUCACAUCAACUAAUGGGUGACCUUCCAGAUGCCAGAAGCAACCCUGAGUACCCCUUUUAUCAUACAGGCGUAGAUUAUACAGGUCAUGUGGAGGUCAAGGCAAGCAAAGGACGCGGGGUCAAAACAAACAAGGGCUACAUAGCAAUUUUCGUCUGUCUCGUCACCAAGGCGGUACACCUGGAGCUGGUGUCGGACAUGACCAGUUCAGCAUGUUUAGCUGCCAUCCGUCGCCUAGCAGCAAGGAGGAAUGUGCCCAAGCACGUUUAUUCAGACUGCGGCACUAAUUUUAUUGGUGUGAAUCGAGCAAUACAAGAGCAAUAUCAUGAGCUUCAGCAAGUAUUCAGUGAUAGUUUUCUUGCAGAAGUCACAGAAAUGGGGAUCGAGUGGCAUUUUAAUGCUCCAUCUUGGCCAAGCGCUGGAGGCCUUUGGGAGAGGGCUGUGCGGAGUCUAAAGUUUCAUCUCAAACGUGUUGUGGGAGAUCAAAAGCUGACGUUUGAAGAGUAUGCCACACUGCUCAGUGAGAUAGAAAGCUGCUUAAACUCACGGCCUCUAUGUGCAUUAUCAGAAGACCCAGAGGACCUCGAUUUCCUUACGCCUGCCCACUUUCUAACUGGGCGCGCCGGGUCAGCCAUCAUUCAAACAGAGCAAGAUGCGAGAACGCGUUGGCACCUCACGUCGAAGAUGUUCCAGGAACUCUGGAAACGAUGGAAGGCAGAAUAUCUGACGCAGAUGUCUUCUAGAAGCAAGUGGUUGAAGCCCAAACCCAACAUCAGCAUUGGAGAUCUGGUCACUAUACAAGAUGACAACUUACCCCCGGGUAAGUGGCCAAUGGGCAGAGUGACGGAGUUACAUCCUGGGAAGGAUGACCUGGUCAGAGUCGUCACUCUGAAGACCAAGAAUGGUUAUAUCAAACGUCCAGUAGUAAAGUUAUCAGUUUUACCGCUGGGAAAACAGCAAAAUCAAGAGCAAAUAUCAAGUCAAUCAGCGGAAAACACAUCAGAGCAUCGACAUCAAAAACGGCCAAGACGCAUGGGGCUCCAUGCUAUUGUCACAGCGUUAUUAUUUUUUAUGACGCUGGUUUCAUCAUCCACGGCACAAAUCAAUAUAUCACCGCUUCCCAAAAAUCAAAGCAUAUUCUUCGACCCUAUUUCAAAAAUUGAGCUAAUACGAGAUAAGUGGACCCUCGUAGUUUACUACGACAUGGCGCCGUAUUGGACUGGAGUCGAAGCCUUUCAUAAAUUAUCAGCAUACCUCAACAGCACGUGCCAUAAAAUUGACCGAGACACUAAUUGUCAAAUGAUCUUACUACAAUUACAGCAUACGUAUCAAGAGAUAAGCUAUUGUAACGAACUACUUUUGAAUCAGCAUUACAACGAGUACGCUAGACAGCGUCGGCGCCGAGGCCUUAUCAACGGAGUCGGCUACCUAGCAAAUGCCCUGUUCGGAGUACUCGACAGCCAAUUCGCAGAAAAGUACGCCGACGAUAUCAAACUCAUAAGAGCCAACCAACAAUAUCAAGCAAAAUUAUGGCAAAAUCAGACUUCAGUAGUAGAAGCAGAGUUCAACUCAUUAAAACGCAUAGAAAGCACUAUGGAAAAGCAACAUAAAUAUAUACACAAACAACUUACAGCUUUAGAAUCCUCGGCAAAUGCACUACAGACCAGAAUUCAAGAUUUAAUCAUGAUACAAGACUUCACAUUAACAGCAUUGGCCGGAAAUCAUCUCCUGCUAACCCUGAAGGAACUACAAAAUGUAUUGUUAGAUACAAUCACCGACAUUUAUCACGGACAAAUAAGUCUACAUCUUUUAACUCCCACGCAACUUAGAACCGAACUACAAAUAAUCAGCAGUCAGAUGGCGAAAGAGCUCACGUUACCUACGACGGGCGUCGGGCUGGUGGUGCCUCCCGCCGCCGCCGCCGCCGCCGCCGCCGCCGCCGCCGCUGCAGCCGCAGCAGCCGAGCCGUGCGUCCCUAAAGGGCGCCGCUGCCGGCAGAUCAGGCUCCAGUCUAAGUGUUAG